CUCUGGCACCAGCUGGUGGAACAGUGGGUGAUGACAUCUCAGAUUCAAGACUUACUGGCCACUGAUCAGGACUUGGUGCUGAUGCAAGAAGGCACAAUGAUGCGCAAGGUGAGGACCAAAAGCUGGAAGAAGCUAAGAUACUUCAGACUUCAGGAUGACGGCAUGACAGUCUGGCAUGGACGGCAACCUGAAAGCAUACCCAAGCCCACUUUCUCAAUCUCUGAUGUGGAGAGGAUACGUAAGGGCCAGGAUUCUGAGUUGUUGCGCUAUCUGGUGGAAGAGUUCCCCCUGGAGCAAGGCUUCACCAUUGUCUUUCAUGGGCGCCGCCCCAACCUGGACCUAGUGGCCAACAGUGUUGAAGAGGCCCAGAUUUGGAUGCGAGGACUCCAGCUGUUGGUGGAUCUUGUCGCCAGCAUGGACCACCAGGAGCAACUGGAUCAGUAUCAACCUGCUGGAAUGUUGAAUGAGUGGUUCCAAGAAGCAGACGUAAACCAGGAUGGCCGGAUGAGUUUCAGAGAAGCUCAACGGCUGCUGCUUCUGAUGAAUGUGGAAAUGGAUGAAGAAUAUGCCUUCAGUCUCUUUCAGGCAGCAGAUGUUACCCAAUCUGAUACUCUGGGAUCAGAAGAAUUUGUACAGUUCUAUAAGGCCCUGACUAAGCGCACUGAGAUUGAAGAACUAUUCGAGAACUUUUCAUCUGACAAACAGAAGCUGACCUUGCUGGAAUUUGUGGAUUUCCUUAGAGAGGAACAGAAAGAGAACGACCAUGCCCCUGACCUUGCUCUGGAACUCAUUGACCGCUAUGAGCCUUCUGAGAAUGGCAGACUGCUGCAUGUUCUGAGCAAGGAAGGCUUCCUCAGCUACCUCUGCUCUGCGGAUGGAAACAUCUUCAACCCCGACUGCCUCCCUCUCUACCAGGACAUGACUCAGCCUCUGAGCCACUACUACAUCAACUCCUCUCACAACACCUACCUAGUGGGGGACCAGCUCUGCGGCCAGAGCAGUGUUGAAGGAUACAUACGGGCCUUGAAACGGGGGUGCCGCUGUGUGGAAGUGGAUACCUGGGAUGGACCUGAUGGAGAGCCCAUUGUUUAUCAUGGGCAUACCCUGACCUCUCGAAUCCUGUUCAAAGAUGUUUUGGCAACACUAGCACAAUAUGCCUUCCAGUCAUCAGACUACCCUCUCAUCUUGUCUCUGGAUAACCACUGCACCUGGGAACAGCAGAAGACCAUGGCACAUCACCUGACUGAGAUCUUGGGAGAGCACCUGCUGAGUACCACCCUGGAGGGUCAGCUGAUUGAUAUAUUGCCCUCACCAGAGCAGCUUCGGGGGAAGAUCUUGCUGAAAGGAAAGAAGUUAAGAACAAUUGAGGUUGACAAGGAAGAAGAAGAAGAAGAGCUGGAGAAAGAUAAGGGGUCAGAUCUGGACCCAAUGUCCCCUGAGUUGGACACUCAGCCUGAGUCCCAGGAGCAGGCCUCUGGGAACAAGAAGAAGAAGAAGAAGAAGGUUGUGAAGUGUCCGAUGCCUUGUCUGCUUAACUGUGGUCAUGUUUUGGCCCAGGCUUCUAAUUCCAUCCCUGAGUCCAUUCUCUUGUCAAAGCAGUUUCUUCUCCAGAGUUCCUCAACCAUCUUGUGCCCAGACCUAUCUGCCCUGGUUGUCUACUUGAGGACUGUCCCCUUCUGCAGCUUCAUUCAUUCCAAGGAAAACUACCACAUCUACGACAUUUCAUCCUUUUCUGAGUCCAAGGCCAAGAACCUCAUCAAGGAGGCAGGCAACGAGUUUGUACAGCACAACGCCAGACAGUUAUGCCGCGUGUAUCCCAGUGGUCUGAGGACAGAUUCAUCAAACUUUAACCCCCAGGAACACUGGAAUGUAGGCUGCCAGAUGGUGGCUAUGAAUAUGCAGACUGCAGGAAGUGCGAUGGACAUCUGUGAUGGGCUCUUCCGCCAGAAUGGUGGCUCUGGCUAUGUGCUGAAGCCAGAAUUCCUGAGAGAUACCCAGAGUUCGUUCAAUCCCGAGAGGCCCAUUAGUCUUUAUAAGGCCCAGAUCCUUGUAGUCCAGGUUAUCAGUGGUCAACGACUCCCCAAAGUGGACAAAACCCAAGAGACAACUGUUGUGGAUCCACUGGUGAAAGUAGAGCUCUCUGGUGUUCCUGAAGACAUAAUGGAGCAUGAGACCAGCUAUGUGGAGAACAAUGGUAUUAAUCCAUACUGGGGGGAGACGUUCUAUUUCCGGAUCCAGGUGCCUGAACUUGCUAUGUUGCGUUUUGUGGUAAAGGAUUAUAGCAGGAAAUCUCGAAAUAAAUUUAUUGGCCAAUACACCCUGCCUUGGACCUGUAUGAAACAAGGUUACCGACAUGUAUCCUUGCUCUCCAAAGAUGGCACUAGCCUCCAUCCAGCUUCCAUCUUUGUGUACACCUGCAUGCAGGAAGACCUGGAUAUGGAUGAGCCCUGAGAAAAACAGGGAGGGCCUUGAAGCAGAACAAGUUACAGAUGCAGUAUCCUUUCCAACCUACAACUUCCUCAAAAUCCAGAGCCAGCCAAAGGAUCAAUGAAGGAUCAAGGUUCCCAGGAUCAAGGUUCCCAGGCAAAGGUUGGGGAAGAAUGCCUGACCCAAAACUAUGACUCUCUAGAGAACAAUGCUCAGCCCUGAGUCCCCACUGGACUGCUGCUCCUUAGCUGGUCUAAAUAGAGCUUCUCUGUCCAAUUUGGC